CCUCCUCCUUGGGAAGAGGCGGCCCGAUCGGAUCGUCGGCCUUGCGGGGGCGGCCCUGGGGGCUCGGAGGUGGCUUCAGCUCCAGGAGUGGAAGCUGGGGAGGGGCUGCUGUGUUGUGGCGGGGACCCCCCCCCGGGGAGGGGAGUGCCUUGCCUUGCCAAACGGAGCAGCAGCGGGAGGCGCUGCAAAGGCUGCAGCAGGUGCAGCUGCCUGCCUCCGUGUGGGGCCUGCUCGGGUCUUCCGCAAGGAGCUUCCCAGGUCCCACCGGUUUGUUUCCACCUCUCCUCCUUUGCCAGGGAGGGAAUUCUGCUGCGCGCUCCGGAAUCUGAAUGUCCGCCGCAGCAGCAGACGGAAAACCGACCGGUACCUGAACCAGGUCCCAAUGAGGUGCUUUUGAAGAUGCAUUCAGUCGGGAUUUGCGGCUCAGAUGUCCACUAUUGGCAGCAUGGACGCAUUGGGGAUUUUGUGGUGAAAAGCCCGAUGGUGCUGGGUCACGAGGCUUCAGGCACUGUUGUUAAAGUAGGAUCCUCUGUGACAAAUCUGAAGAAAGGUGACCGAGUGGCUAUUGAGCCAGGGGUUCCCCGAGAAAUCGAUGAGUUCUGCAAAAUAGGCCGUUACAACUUGUCCCCCACCAUCUUCUUCUGCGCAACCCCUCCCGAUGAUGGAAACCUAUGCCGCUUUUACAAGCAUGAUGCCAACUUUUGCUACAAACUUCCAGAUAAUGUCACCUUUGAGGAAGGAGCCCUAAUCGAACCCCUUUCUGUGGGAAUCCAUGCCUGCAGAAGGGCCGGAGUGACUCUGGGCAGCAAGGUCUUCAUUUGUGGAGCUGGACCUAUUGGACUUGUGACUUUGCUGAUUGCGAAGGUCAUGGGGGCUUCACAAGUGGUAAUAAGUGAUUUAUCUGCUCCCCGCCUGGAAAAGGCUAAGGAAAUUGGGGCUGAUUUCACCCUGCAAGUACAGAGUGAGAGCCCUGGUGAUUUGGCCCAUAAAGUGCAAAAUGUGCUUGGUUGCAUGCCUGAUAUUACCGUGGAGUGUACCGGGGUCCAGGCCUCCAUCCAGACGGGCAUAUACGCAACCCGUUCCGGAGGCACUCUGGUCCUGGUGGGACUUGGGCCGGAAAUGGUCUCUGUGCCCAUUGUGAAUGCAGCCGUGCGAGAGGUGGACAUCAAAGGGAUAUUUCGAUACUGCAACACGUGGCCCAUGGCAAUUGCCAUGCUGGCAUCCAAGAAAGUGAAUGUCCAGUCCUUGGUGACCCAUCGCUUUCCCUUGGAAAAGGCUCUAGAGGCCUUUGAGACCACCAGAAAGGGGGAAGGGAUCAAAGUGAUGCUGAAGUGCGACCCCAGUGACCAGAAGCCGUGAAGAAGGAGGGGGAAAAUCAAACCGCCUAGUGCUCCUGUCCGUGUGGGUGGGGUACACGGAAGGGGGAAGUGUCUUGGUCUGAAGACAUUUAGAGCCUUCAAAUUGCAUAAAAAUGGAACAUCGCCAAGGAAGCAAAUGUAUUAAAAAAAUAUUUCUAACCUUUUAAA